AUGGAAGAGGUGAAGGAGCAGCGGCCCUUCUGCUCGUUCUCCAAGAGCCAAAGAGACCGAGAGAGAGAGAGAGAGCGAGAGCGCCGCCAUGCCGCAUCAUCUGUCAAUCAGGAGGAGGCGGGUCUCUGCCGGGUGCCUACGCAGAAGUCCUACAGCUCCAGCGAGACGCUGCAGGCCUUCGACCAUGAUCCCUCACGCAUGCUGUUAGGAGGCCGAGUGAAAGAGAUGGUCCACCAGGAGAACAAGGACUACAGCAGGCCAGGACAAAUGUUUUCACUGAGGCAGCUGGGUAUUUGUGAGCCAGCCGCCCGUCGUGGUUUGGCCCUGUGCCCCGAGACAGGCCUGUCUCACCCCCUCAGCAGUUACAACAGAGGACCCGUCGCCACCGGGAACCAUGAGCCUGGAUCGCCGGAGCGUAACAUGGCUCUGUGGGGACGGGGGGUGAAGGCCGGGCAAACCUCAUGCCUCUCAAGUCGCUCCAGCUCAGCCCUGAACCUCACCGACAUGGAAAUGGAUAAGUCGGACAAUGAGAUGGGGGACCGCCUGUCCAGCCAGAAAGGCCCACCCCCUCUUCCUCCGGCUCCGCCCCCACACAGGCAGCACCCAUCCAUCACGUCCUUGACCCGCAGCUCACUGGCCAAUCAGAGAAGCCCCAGUCCGCUGCCCACCGCCGGCCUGGCGGCCGAGUUGCAGAGCACGGCGGAAUGCGUCCAGCUGCAGGACAGCUGGGUCCUAGGCAGCAAUGUGGCCCUGGAGAGCAGGCACUUUCUCUUUAAAACAGGCACAGGAACAACGCCAUUCUUCGGUGCAGCGACUCCGGGUUACACCAUGGCGACGGGAGCGGUUUACUCCACGCCGGCUCGCCCUUUGCCCCGAAACAGCCUCUCCAGAGGAGCUUUUAAAUUCAACAAGUCCCCCAGACAUUGCUCCUGGAGGUGCACUGCCCUCGUGGCUGUGGGCGUGGCAGUUGGGCUGUCGAUCCUUCUCUGCUACUGUAUAGCGAUGCACCUGCUGGGUCUGAACUGGCAGCUGCAGGAGUUGGACAACCAGCCAGCUUUUGAAAAUGGCGGUAUGGGGAGGAUCACGCCAACGCAGACCAGCGUGGUGACGUCACUGUCUGCUGACAACGGAAGAACAGCUGUUCUCCAUCCAGAGAACAACUCCAUUGACAGCGGGCCGGUGGAGAUUGGUCACAGAGUGGCUCAGAGUUUACCGCCAGGUGUGUUCUGGCGUUCUCGGCUGACCGUGGACCAACCACGGUUCCUCAAGUUCAACAUCUCAGUGCAGAAGAAUGCUCUGAUAGGCGUGUAUGGCAGGAAAGGUCUCUGUCCGUCUCACACACAGUAUGACUUUGUAGAGUUACUGGAUGGCAGCCGGCUGAUUGCCAAAGAACGUGGGAUACCUAAUGAGCAAGAGACCAGGACCCGGAUGGAGCACCCGGUCACCCUCCAUCAAGCUGGGUUCAUUCAGCACCUGGACUCUGGAGUCUGGCACAUGGCCUUCUACAAUGACGGCCGGAGCAUGGAGGCGGUGUCCUACAACGCCAUCCUACUGGACUCGGUGAUGGAGUGUACACACAACUGUUAUGGGAAUGGAGAGUGUGUGGCCGGAUCCUGUCACUGUUUUCCGGGAUAUAUCGGGCCGUAUUGUUCCAGAGCGGCCUGUCCGGUCCUCUGCAGUGGGAAUGGUCAGUACACCAGGGGGCGCUGUCAGUGCUACAGUGGCUGGAAGGGGACUGAGUGUGACGUGCCUGUCUCACAGUGCAUUGACCCGCAGUGCAACGGCCAUGGAGUGUGUGUGUCGGGAAACUGUGUGUGUCACGCCGGCCGCAAAGGAAGCAGCUGUGAACAAGUGGACUGUCUGGACCCCAAGUGUUCAGGCCACGGUGCGUGUCACCAUGGUGACUGUCACUGUAACCCAGGCUGGUCCGGGAUCAGCUGUGACAUCUUGAAGAGCACAUGUCCAGAGCAAUGCUCCAGUCACGGCACCUUCAGCACCGACAGUGGGACCUGCGUCUGUGAGGCCAGCUGGACCGGACCGGACUGCUCCAUAGAGGUGUGUGUGGUGGACUGCAGCCCCCACGGCUCCUGUAUCAGCGGGAUGUGUCACUGUGAGGAAGGCUGGACCGGACCGGAGUGUGAGCAGAGAGACUGUCACCCGCGAUGUAUCGACCACGGAGUGUGUCGAGAGGGCAAGUGUGACUGUCACCAAGGCUGGACUGGAGAGCACUGCACUAUCGCUCUGGACUCGAGGGUGUCAGGAGCAGUCAAGAUAGGAUAUAAAGACGGCUGCCCCGGCUUGUGUAACAACAACGGCAGGUGUGUUUUGGACCAGAAUGUUUGGCAUUGCGUCUGCCAGGCAGGAUGGAGAGGACUGGGAUGUGACGUCGCCACGGAGACGCUGUGCUCCGACGGCAAAGACAACGAAGGAGAUGGGUUGGUCGACUGCAUGGACCCGGACUGCUGCACACAAAUGUCCUGUGAGGGUCAAACAUACUGCCGCGGUUCACCUGACCCUGCCACCAUAGUGGGCCAAGGUCAACGGUCAUCCACUGCUCAGCCUGCCUCCAAAGGCUUCUAUGACCGCAUCAGUUUUCUCAUUGGUCCUGGUGGCAGUCACAUGAUACCUGGAAACAAUCCAUUCAACAGCAGCUUGGCGUCAGUCAUCCGGGGUCAGGUCCUCACUGGAGAUGGGACACCGCUGAUCGGAGUCAACGUGUCUUUCCUGCGUUAUCCGGAGUAUGGCUACACCGUCACGCGGCAGGACGGCAUGUUCGAUCUGCUGGUGAACGGCGGUGUCUCGUUGACUCUGAGCUACGAGCGUGCUCCGUUCCCGGCACUGCAGCGUACGGUGUGGAUGCCCUGGAACGUCUUCCAUGUGAUGGACACGGUGGUGAUGAGACGCGAACGCAACGAGAUACCGAGCUGCUACCUGACCGGCCUGAUCAAACCGAGUCCACUCAUCCUGUCCACGCCGCUCUCCACCUUGUACAAGACCUCCGCCCAGGACAGCCCCAUCAUCCCAGAGACACAGGUCCUUCAUGAGCAAGUGGCCAUUCCGGGUAGUGACCUUAACCUGGUGUACCUGAGCUCCAGGGCGGCGGGCUACAAGCCCAUUCUGAAGGUCCUUCUGACCCCGGACCGACUGCCCUCCGGCCUGAUGAAGGUCCACCUGAUGGUGGCGGUGAUGGGCAGACAGUUCCAGAAGUCCUUCCCUGCCUUCCCCGACCUGUCCUACACUUUCAUCUGGGACAAAAUGGACGCCUACAACCAGAAGGUCUACGGCCUGGCGGAGGCUGUGGUGUCGGUGGGGUUCGAGUUUGAGUCGUGUCUGGACGUGGUGCUGUGGGAGAAGAGGACGGCUGUGCUGCAGGGUUAUGAGCUGGACGCCUCCAACAUGGGAGGAUGGAUGCUGGAUAAACACCACAUACUGGACGUCCAGAAUGGCAUUCUGUAUAAAGGCAAUGGAGAAAACCAGUUCAUCUCCCUCCAGCCACCAGUCAUUUCCACAAUCAUGGGAAACGGCCGGCGACGGAGCAUCUCGUGUCCCAGCUGCAACGGACAGGCCCAGGGCAACAAGCUGUUGGCGCCAGUGGCAUUGGCGUGGGGAAUAGACGGCAGCCUGUACGUCGGAGAUUUCAACUACAUUCGCCGGAUCUAUCCAUCUGGUAAUGUCACCAGCGUCAUGGAGCUCAGAAACAAAGACUUCAGACACAGUAAUAACCCAGCACACCGCUAUUACCUGGCGACGGAUCCUGUAACCGGCCAUCUGUACGUGUCCGACACCAACUCCCGUAGGAUCUAUCGACCCAAAGUCUUAACAGGAACCAAAGACCUGCAGUCCAACGCCGAGGUGGUGGCAGGAACCGGAGAACACUGCCUGCCGUUUGACGAGAACCACUGUGGCGAUGGAGGAAAGGCUCCGGAGGCUUCUCUCACAGGACCCAAAGGCAUCACCGUGGACAAGAACGGACUGAUUUACUUUGUGGAUGGAACCACAAUUCGCAAAGUGGACCAGAACAGCAUCAUCUCUACUUACCUGGGAUCCAAUGACCUAACAUCAGCCCGACCUCUGACCUGCGACAGCAGCAUGGACAUCAAUCAGGUGAUCUUGGAGUGGCCUACUGACCUUGCAGUUAGCCCCAUGGACAACUCCCUGUAUGUCUUAGACAACAACAUCGUGCUGCGCAUCACAGAAAAUGGUCAGGUGAGUAUUGCAGCAGGUCGACCCAACCAUUGUCCACUGGCUGGGAUGGACCGUGGCAUGGCUGGGGGUCAGAGGGCACACCUGACCCCCCUAGAAUCUGCUGUCUCAAUCGCCAUAUCAUACCAUGGGGCUUUCUACAUUGCUGAAACGGAUGAAAGAAAGCUAAGCCGUAUCCGACUGGUUUCUGUGGAUGGUGAGAUUACCCAUCUGGCCGGGUCGCCCUCCGACUGUGACUGCAAGAACGAUGCCAACUGUGACUGCUACCAGACAGGAGACGGUUACGCCAAAGAUGCCAGGCUCAAUGGCCCGUCCUCUCUGGUUGCAUCCCCGGACGGGACACUCUACGUGGCCGACCUAGGCAACAUCCGCAUCCGUGGGAUCUCGAGAAAUGGGCCAUCUUUAACAUCCAGUGGGAAUAUGUACGAGGUGGCUUCCCCUGAUGCCCAGGAGCUGUAUGUGUUUGACAUCAACGGUACCCAUGAACACACGGCCAGUCUGCUCACUGGCGACAUCAAAUACAGCUUCAGCUACAGCACAGAAAAUGACAUCACGGCGGCGACAGACAGCUAUGGCAACACUCUGAGAAUUCGUAGAGACCCCAACCGUAUGCCGGUGCGUAUUGUCGCCCCCGACAACCAGGUGAUCUGGCUGACGAUGGGAACCAACAGCGGUCUGAAAACACUGACAGCUCAGAGCCAGGAGCUGGUGCUUCUCACUUACCAUGGAAACAAUGGCCUCCUGGCAACAAAGACCUCCGAGAUCGGCUGGACCACAUUCUAUGACUACGACACAGAGGGCAGACUGAUGAAUGUGACAUUCCCCACCGGGAUGGUGAAUAACUUGUACGCAGACAUAAACAGCGCACUGACGGUGGACAUCGAGAGCUCCCUGACAGAAGAGGAAAUAAGCAUCACCACUAAUACCUCCACCACCCGCGCCUUCUACACCCUCGCACAGGACCAGUGCAGAAGCAGCUACCAAGUAGGGUUUGACAACUCUCUGAGAAUCACCUACGCUAGCGGGAUGGACACCCACUACCAGACUGAGCCUCACAUCCUGGCAGGGGCCGCCAACCCGACUGUGGCCAGGCGGAACAUGAGCCUGCCCGGGGAGAGUGGGCAGAACUUGGUUGAGUGGCGCUUCCGAAAAGAACAGGCCAGGGGGAAAGUCAUCGUGUUUGGACGCAAGCUCAGAGUGAAUGGUCGGAACAUUCUGUCUGUCGAUUAUGACCGCACGUUAAGGACAGAGAAGAUUUAUGACGACCACAGAAAGUUCCUGCUGAAGAUAAUUUACGACACGGCUGGUCAUCCGGUGCUGUGGGUGCCCAGCAGUAAGCUGCUGCCUGUCAACGUCAGCCGCAGCAGCAGCGGGCAGAUCAGCGCCCUCCAGAGGGGCCCGACCACUGAGUUAGUGGAGUAUGACACCCAAGGCCGUCUAGUGUCCCGAGUCUUCGCUGACGGGAAGACAUGGAGUUAUACCUAUCUAGAAAAGUCCAUGGUUCUCCUGCUCCACAGUCAGCGCCAGUACAUUUUUGACUUUGACUCUCUGGAUCGCCUGUCUGCCGUCACCAUGCCAAGCGUCGCCCGCUACACCAUGCAGACAAUUCGAUCUGUCGGCUACUACAGGAACCUUUACCACCCGCCAGAGAGCAAUGCCUCUGUGGCUGUGGACUACAGUGAAGAUGGCCUCCUGCUGAGGGUAUCUCACCUGGGCACGGGCCGCCGGGUUCUGUACCGGUACAAGCGACAGAACAAGCUGUCCGAGAUUCUGUAUGACAGCACCAGGGUCAGUUUUACCUAUGACGAGAUGGCCGGCGUCCUGAAGACCGUCAACCUGCAAAAUGAAGGCUUUAUUUGCUCCAUCCGCUACCGUCAAGUGGGCCCCCUGGUGGACCGGCAGAUCUUCCGUUUCAGCGAGGAUGGCAUGGUCAAUGCACGCUUUGACUACACAUAUGACAGCAGCUUGCGUGUCACCAGUGUGCAAGGCGUUAUCAAUGAGACACCGCUGCCCAUUGACCUCUACCAGUUUGACGACAUCUCAGGGAAAGUUGAGCAGUUCGGAAAGUUUGGGGUCAUCUACUAUGAUAUAAACCAGAUCAUAUCGACAGCUGUCAUGACCUAUACCAAGCAUUUUGACGCACAUGGCCGCAUCAAGGAGAUCCAGUACGAGAUCUUCCGUUCGCUCAUGUACUGGAUCACAUUCCAGUACGACGACGUGGGGCGGGUUACCAAGCGAGAGAUCAAGAUUGGCCCCUUCGCCAACACUACCAAGUACAGCUAUGAGUAUGAUGUGGAUGGCCAGCUACAGACCGUCUAUCUGAAUGACAAAGUGAUGUGGCGCUACACCUAUGACCUCAAUGGAAACCUCCACCUGCUGAACCCGGGUAACAGUGCCAGGCUUCUUCCUCUGCGAUACGACCUGAGGGACCGCAUCACCCGACUGGGGGACAUUCAAUACAGGAUGGAUGAAGAUGGCUUCCUCCACCAGAGGGGUGCUGAAAUCUUCGAGUAUAACUCCAAAGGACUGCUGGUGCGAGUCUACAGCAAGGGUACUGGUUGGACCAUUCAGUACCGGUAUGACGGACUCGGCCGUAGGGUGUCCACCAAGACCAGCUUGGGUCAACAUCUGCAGUACUUUUACGCUGAUCUGAGCUACCCCGCCAGGAUUACACAUGUGUACAACCACUCAAGCUCGGAGAUUACCUCCCUCUACUAUGACCUUCAAGGUCACCUGUUUGCCAUGGAGACCAGCAGCGGGGAGGAGUUUUACAUUGCCUGUGAUAACACCGGCACCCCGCUGGCGGUUUUUACCAGCAAUGGUCUCCUGGUCAAACAGAUCCAGUAUACGGCCUACGGCGAGGUCUACUUUGACUCCAACCCCGACUUCCAGCUUGUGCUUGGUUUCCAUGGUGGACUUUAUGACCCCCUGACCAAACUACUGCACUUUGGGGAGAGGGAUUAUGAUAUAAUGCCUGGGAGAUGGACAGUGCCGGAUGUCACCACUUUGAGAAAAGUUGGCAAGGAGCCGGAACCUUUUAACCUGUACAUGUUCAGGAACAACAACCCCAUCAGCAAAGUGCACGAAGUGAGAGAGUAUGUUGCAGAUGUGAAUAGCUGGCUUGUAACCUUCGGCUUUCAUUUACACAAUACCAUUCCUGGGUUUCCAGUGCCGAAGUUCGACCUCAGCAUGCCGUCCUAUGAACUGAGGAAGAGUCAGCUGUGGGAUGAUCUGCCGUCCAUCUCUGGGGUCCAGCAGGAAGUAACCCGGCAGGCGCACUCACUGCUGUCAUUUGAACGCCUGCCGGAGGUCCAUCUCAGCCGAGGUCACCGGGAUGAGAAGUCCUGGCUUUGGUUCUCAGCAGCUCCAUCUCCCAUUGGACGGGCUGUCAUGUUUGCCAUCUAUAAGGGCAGCGUCCACACCCACACGCUCAACAUGGCCAACGAAGACUGCGUCAAGGUUGCAACCAUCCUCAACAACGCCUUCUACCUGGAGGAUCUCCAUUUCACCAUCCAAGGGCGAGACACACACUACUUUGUCAAACCGGGCCUUCCGGAUGCCGACCUCGCAGCCCUGCACCUCACCAGUGGACACAAGAUCCUGGAGAACGGAGUCAAUGUCACUGUAUCACAGUCGACCACAGUCAUGGACAGCCGAACUCGCCGCUUUGCUGACGUGGAGAUUCGGCGCGGCGCUCUGGCUCUCCAUGUGCGUUAUGGCUCCACGGUGGAUGAAGAGAAGGCGCGGGUGGUGGAGCUGGCCCGGCAGCGGGCUCUGGCUGGUGCGUGGGCACGAGAACAGCAGCGUGUCCGUGACGGGGAGGAAGGCGUCCGCCCAUGGACCGAGGGCGAGAAGAGGCAGCUCCUGAGCAGUGGAAAGGUUUUGGGGUAUGAUGGGUACUUCGUGCUCUCCAUUGAGCAGUAUCCAGAAUUAGCUGACAAUGCUAACAACAUUCACUUCCUGCGGCAAAGUGAAAUUGGGAAAAGGUAACAAACUGGUGCAUUUCCUGCCAAAGAGAAUUCAAAUGAACAGCAGUGGCUGACGCUGAACUUCAGAAGUGUACACUCACAUUUAAUGUGGUUUUGUAAAAAGAGGACAAAGGGAUCCAAGCAAUGCUGUGCAUUGUGGGUAAAGGAGUGCAGAGUAAAUGCCUUAACAUGGCAGUUGCAGGUCAGUCCCUGUGUAGCACAAAGCCUUCUGGACUCUGAACUAUGUCAAGUGGAGCAUAGGAAGAUGAGUUGUGGAGAAACCGUGUAACAUUUAUGGCAAUUUGUGUUUCUUGUUUUGAUGAAGAAAAAAGAUCCAAGUGUUGAAAGAGGUGAGGAAUGUUUACAACACGCUAAUCUGCACUUCUCCGGACAAGCGGAAGUCUGCAGCACAGCGGACAGUGUUUGUGAACCACGGUUGGCUUUUCAGAUGGAAGGUAUGAUUUUCACCAAACCACCCCCAUGUGUAGCAGCAUUAGUAGUGUAAAGAUGAACAUGUUUAUUCUCUGUACGUUGCUUUGCAACAGAAAACUGUAAAAAUAUUCAUGUCUCAACGUCUCAACACCCGACGUCUGUUUCGGAGCCAAGGACCAAGGAGGGACGAAGGAGCUGGACAAAGGCACCGGUGUGUCUUGGGGCACAUCACGUUUUGUAGAUGAUGCAAGAGUUUUAUGGGUUUUUUUUAUGAAAUUGAAUACAUGUCUGUACUGUACUAGUCAUAUUACCAAUAAUUUAUCCUGUGUUUCUACGUUACAAAUAAAAUCUUACC